CCGUCACAGACUCACUGCUGGAGGGUCGUGGUGGCAGGCUACAGGUGGAGACAAGAAGAUUGGGGCUGCUGUUUCAGAUGGCUGUAUAGAGAACUGCUGUCACUUCAUGUAGCUGAGGCUCAGCUACUCUCUCUCUGAGGCCAACCUGUCUAGCGUUGACUUCUCUUCCCUUGGUUCCAGUUAAAUAGUUUAUGAUCUUUAACCAGGAGCCUCCAACCAUCUCCAACCCUUUUAACUGAGGAGUCUUCCCUCGUACUGCCUGAGGAGACUCAGACAUGGCGACAGACCCUGCGGCAGAGCUGCCUUUCUUCUACGGCAGCAUCAGUCGUUCGGAGGCUGAGGAGCACCUGAAGCUGGCAGGCAUGGCCGACGGGCUGUUCCUGCUGCGCCAGUGUCUGCGGAGCCUGGGCGGCUACGUGGUCUCUCUGGUGUGGAACGUGGAGUUCCACCACUACUCCGUGGAGAAACAGCUCAACAGCACCUACUGUAUUGCAGGUGGAAAGCCCCACUGUGGUCCAGCGGAGCUCUGUGAGUUUUACAGUAAUGAUUCAGAUGGCCUGGUGUGCACCCUGAGGAAGCCCUGUCUGCGCUCCCCAGACAACCCCAUCAGAGCAGGCGUCUUUGAUAACCUGAGGGACAACAUGCUGAGGGAGUAUGUACGACAGACCUGGAACCUGGAGGGGGAGGCCAUGGAGCAGGCUAUCAUCAGCCAGGCUCCACAGCUGGAGAAGCUGAUCGCCACCACCGCCCAUGAGAGGAUGCCCUGGUACCACAGCAAGAUACCUCGCCAGGAAGGGGAGAGGCGGCUCUACUCCGGGGCACAGCCAGAUGGAAAGUUCCUAGUCAGAGACAGGGAAGAGUCUGGAACCUUUGCCCUUUCUUUGAUGUAUGGAAAAACGACCUACCAUUACCAGAUCCUACAUGACAAAUCAGGGAAGUACUCCAUGCCAGAGGGAACCAAAUUUGACACUGUGUGGCAGCUGGUUGAGUAUCUGAAGAUGAAACCUGAUGGGCUAGUGACAGUUCUGAGGGAACCGUGUGUGAACCGCAACAACGCCAAACAGACUCCUGUUGUGCCCUCGGGGAGGCGGCCCAGAACAAAUGGAUACACACCGCCACCUGGAGUACCUCUGGGGGGCUCCAAGGAAAUCAAGACUUCCCCCCCCACAGACCGUCCGAUGUUGCCCAUGGACUGCAGUGAAUUUGUCAACCCUUACCAUGACCCCAAUGACCUGAAGAAGUUCUUCAUCAAUAGGGAUCAGCUGAUGAUUGACGAGGUGGAGCUCGGCUCGGGAAACUUUGGCUGUGUCAAGAAAGGAGUCUUCAAAACAAAUAAGGGCCACACUGAUGUGGCCAUCAAGGUGCUGAAGAGUGAGAAUGAGAAGCUGGUGAAAGAUGAGAUGAUGAGGGAGGCGGAGAUCAUGCACCAGCUGAGUAACCCUUACAUCGUCCGCAUGCUGGGACUCUGCCAGGCUGAGUGCCUGAUGCUGGUGAUGGAGAUGGCUUCUGUUGGGCCACUCAACAAGUUCCUCUCCACCAAUAAGGAUAAGGUCACAGUGGAGAACAUUGUGGGUCUGAUGCACCAGGUGUCUAUGGGAAUGAAGUACCUGGAGGAGAAGAACUUUGUGCACAGAGACCUGGCAGCUCGCAACGUCCUGCUGGUCAACCAACAGUUUGCCAAGAUCAGUGACUUUGGUCUGUCCAAGGCUUUGGGUGCUGAUGACAACUAUUACAAGGCACGCACAGCAGGAAAAUGGCCGCUGAAGUGGUAUGCUCCAGAAUGCAUGAACUUCCACAAGUUCUCCAGCAAGAGUGAUGUCUGGAGCUUUGGUGUCACCAUGUGGGAAGCCUUUUCUUACGGAGGAAAACCAUACAAGAAAAUGAAAGGUCCGGAGGUGAACAGUUUCAUUGCCAGUGGGAGCCGGAUGGAAUGUCCGUCUGGAUGUCCAGAUAGAAUGUAUACACUGAUGAAGGACUGCUGGACAUACAAACACGAGGACCGGCCAGGCUUUGUGAAGGUGGAGGAGUGCAUGCGAGUCUUUUAUUACUCCAUAUCCAACAAAACUCCUCCUGAGGUGACCGCAGACGCUGCUAAGCAUCUCAAGUAGACCAGAGACAACAGACACUCUGUCCCCCCGCCAUACAAUGGAUUCUUUGAGAUAGACAAAGAGAUUCUUAUGAACUAGUCUGUGCACUAGCUGACAGCUUCAGCAACAGGCAGCUACAGUAAACAGCUAAACAAGCCUUAUUGACACAAAUGUGAGUUUGUAAUUAAAGUCAUUCUUGUGAGGAUGCUCCUCUUCUGAAAGGUAGCUCAAGACUCCAUCAUCCGAGGUUUGGAAUAGUUUGAAAGAAACGCUUCACGAAGAAUUGUGCAUGGUAAAAUUACAUUUUGAAAGUGUAAUGAUUCCUUGGUCAAAUGUGAAUUAUAUUGAAGUGCUUCAGCUCUGUAUACAUUCCUUAAUAUGUCAUGAUUAAAAAAAUGUCACAGAA